UCAGCAGCUCUAUGAGAGAAGAAUGGGAAGGGGAAUGGGAUUGUACGGACAGACGAGCAGUGUGUGAAAACAUGAGGCAAACAGCCAGAUCUUAAGUAGAUUUGUUUUUUUCUAAAGCAGAUCAUUGAACGUAUCAUCAGGAGUUUUUUUUUUUGUUGUUGUGGUUGUUGUGAACCCCCGGAGGGCAGUGUUAUCCCCCUUUGGAGAGCACAGAACACAGGACAGAGGAGGAGAGGAGCCUCUUUGUAAUCCCAUUUGACUGGGAUAAAAGCCCAGUACCAGAGUGGAGUGGUGGUUUUGUCUGACCUUUAACCUCAGUAGGAAGAAGGGAAAGCCACUUCAGAGAUGGACCAGGUAUCAGAUGAUGAGCUGGACCAUGGAGCAGAAGAGGACAGCGAUAAGGAGGACCAGGACCUGGACAAGAUGUUCGGAGCUUGGCUGGGAGAACUGGACAAGCUUACACAGAGUCUGGAUGAUGGCAAGCCACAGAAAACACUGCAGAAGCCUCCUCUCAGACAGGAGACAAAUAUGGCCAACUUCUCCUACCGCUUCUCUAUGUAUAACAUAAAUGAGGCAUUAAAUCAGGGAGACACAGUGGACCUGGAUGCCCUGAUGGCUGACCUGUGCUCCAUCGAACAGGAGCUCAGUACCAUUUCCAAACCAAACUCCACAUCUCGCAGCCAGGGUAAGGGUCAACAGCGGGCUGCCGGGGGGCGCAGUGCGAGCACCAAGCACUCAGGCACCAGUGGAGGAGGAAGCAGUGGAGGAAGUACCAGUAGCAGUACCAGGGCAUCACCAGCCAACACAGUACGAAGUGGGAGUGUAAACACCCGUCCUGCAGCCUCCAACAUUUCUCUGGACGACAUCACCUCUCAGCUGGAGAAAGCCUCCCUGAGCAUGGACGAAGCCGCUCGCCAGACCUCUUCGUCUUCCUCCUCCUCCUCCUCCUCUUCUUACUCCUCCACCACGCUCCGGCGGCCCUCGUCUGAGUCGGCCGGGGGGGUUCAGCACCGGAGGACGGGUUCGGUGGGUGCCGUGAGCGAACAGGAAGCUCCGUCUCAAAGAUCCAGUGUAAAUUCAGCAUGUGCCUCAGCGUCCAGCAUGGACUCGCUGGACAUCGAUAAAGUGACGCCAGGAGGAGAGGGGGACGGCCAGAGCACGCAAGGACAAAACCAGACCAGCACAGAGCAUGUCACACUGCGACGGGCCAAUGGUAAGACAGCCAGACGGCAGCUUGAAUUCACCUCACGAGAAGGUGAAGUGGAUCGAGCCACUCACUCCUAUCUGGACCGAGAAACCUCGCUCAUUCUGAAAAGCAUAGCUGGAAAGCCUUCUCACCUCCUGACCAAGGAGGAGCAGGCGGCUAAGCUGAAGGCGGAAAAGAUUCGAGUCGCCUUGGAAAAAAUCAAAGAGGCACAGGUCAAAAAGCUGGUGAUCAGGGUCCACAUGUCAGACGAGAGUUCAAAGACCAUGAUGGUGGAUGAGAGGCAGACGGUCAGGCAGGUGCUGGACAGCCUGCUGGAUAAGUCACACUGUGGUUACAGCCCUGACUGGUCUCUUGUGGAAACCAUUACUGAGCUGCAGAUGGAGCGGAUAUUUGAAGAUCAUGAAAACCUGGUGGAGAAUCUAUUAAACUGGACCCGGGACAGCCACAAUAAACUCAUGUUCAUUGAGCGCAUUGAAAAAUAUGCUCUUUUCAAGAACCCCCAGAACUAUUUGUUGGGGCGGAAGGAGACAUCAGAAAUGGCAGACAGGAAUAAAGAGGCUCUAUUAGAGGAAUGUUUCUGUGGUGGAUCGGUGUCGGUGCCAGAGAUCGAGGGUAUCCUCUGGCUGAAAGAGGAUGGGAAGAAGUCAUGGAAGAAGCGUUACUUCCUCCUCAGAGCCUCAGGGAUAUAUUAUGUCCCCAAAGGCAAAGCCAAGGCGUCAAGGGAUCUGGUGUGUUUCCUGCAGUUGGAUCAUGUUAACGUCUACUAUGGCCAAGACUACCGCAGCAAAUACAAGGCUCCUACUGACUACUGCCUGGCCCUGAAGCAUCCACAAAUCCAGAAGAAGUCGCAGUACAUUAAGUACCUUUGCUGUGACGACGUCAGAACCCUGCACCAAUGGGUGAAUGGAAUUCGUAUUGCCAAGUAUGGGAAGCAGCUAUAUUUAAACUACCAGGAAGCCAUGAAGAGGACAGAGGCAGCCUAUGAUUGGUCGUCUCUCUCUACCUCCAGCAUCCGAUCAGGCUCCAGCUCCGCGAGCAUACCCGAAUCCCAAUCCAAUCACUCAGGCCAUUCAGACAGCGGCGUGGACACAGGCUCCUCUCAUGGCCGGUCCCAGAGUGUGGUGAGCUCCAUUUUCUCCGAGGCCUGGAAGAGGGGGACCCAGAUAGAAGAAAGCACCAAGAUGAAAAUGGAGGCUUCCAGAGGGGGCACCCUUCCACAUGGUUCCCACAGCCACCGACAUCACAGCCAGCAUUCAGCCGACCACCCAGCUCUGACGCCCCCUCCUCACCCGCAGCCUCAGCCCGUUCCUCAACCGCAGCCCCACCAACAGCACCCACCACAGCCUCAGCACCCACCACAGCAUCAGCACCCACCACAGCCUCAGCACCCACCACAGCCUCAGCACCCACCACAGCAUCAGCACCCACCACAGCAUCAGCACCCUCCAUCUCAGCCCCAGACCCCAACCCCACCACAGCUCCACCAACUGCCUCCCCAUCCACACCCGCCCCCUCUGCAGAUUCCACAAACACCGCCUCCCCAGUCGCCCCAACACCCUCAGCCGCCACCACUGCCACAAUCGCCACAGCAACAGCCGCAACAGCAGCCACUGACCAUCAACAGCUACAACCACGUGCCACCGCCGCAACAACAGCCGGCUCCUCCGCCCCCUCCUCCUCCACCACCACCACCUCCUCCUCCACCCCCAGUCCAAAGUGUGUCACAUCACACCCCAGCUCUGAACAUGUACAAGUACAGCACCAUCACCCGGCUGCAGAACCAGAACAACCACAAAUUACCCAAUCACCUUUUUGCAACAGCCCAACAGGUUCUACCCCCAGCUCCGACUCCUCCACCCGCUCAAGUCAAACCCAACGUCAAUCACAUCGCAGCAAGGACUAAUGUGCCGCCUCCCCCUCCUCCUCCACCUCCCCCGCCUCCAUCGGUGCCAACCCCUGGGUCCGCUAUGGCAGUAUUGAAGUUAGGCCCUCCCAGCCCGGCUGCUCCACCUGCCUUUAUUCCUCCACCGCCAGCGCCCCCAGCUUCACAGACCAAUGGGAUAGCAUUUCCUCCUCCACCUCCUCCUCCCCCUCCACCCCCUUUUGUUCCAGCUCCCAUGAGCCAGCCUGUAUAUCACAAUGGGCUGAAGGCGGCACUGAAGGAGCGGUUUCCCAGCCCUCCACGGGACCUGCUGUCUCCAAAUGGAGAUCUUGAGGAGUCACCACCCCCUGCCCCAGCUCCACCACACCCACCUCCUCCACCUCCACCUCCGCCACCUCCCCCUCCACCUCCUCAGCAAUUCCCAGUGCCAGCUCAGUUCCCUCCUCCUCCUGCUCCCCCACCAGCUAAACCAAAAACCUUCACCCCAGGCUUUGUCCCCCAUACUGCUCUCAAACCAGUGUCUCCCGUCUCCCCAUUCCCGCCUGCCCCGCCUCCAGUUGCUCUGAGUGGCCCGACUCCGCCACCACCUCCACCUCCUCCUCCGCCUGCACCUCUUAAGAAACAGUUCAGCCUCCAGGCAGGCCACAUCUCCAGUCAGCCCCCUCCCACUCUGCCCAAGCAGCACAGCCUGUCUAAGCCUCCUCCCAUUUCCACAGGAGCUGCUUCAACCACUUCUUUGGUGAAACAAAUAGCAAGUCAGUUUCCAGGAGCUUCAUCUCAAGUAGCUAAUCACACUGAGAGCCCCAAAGCCCCUCUGUCCCCACCUGCAGUCAAGACCAAACCCAAAUGGCAGCCGGGUGGCCAGCAACUGCAGUCUCCCGAGUUCCCUCCUCCGCCCCCAGACAACAAUGGCGGCUUCCCUGCCCCACCUCCUCCUCCCCCGCCACCUCCAGCCCCAGUAACAGGCCCAACCCCACCUCCACCUCCCCUCCCUCCUGGAAACCUGGGCUCCCCCUUGAGAAGGUCACCCUCUGGUUCCUCUGGUGUAGGUGGCAAGAAACCUCCUCCUACCCCUCAGAGGAACUCCAGCAUCAAGGCCAAUGCCUCACCCUCUUACCAGGAGUCCAGGAGGAAUCUCCUCAGCAAGUUUGCACCUCAAAACAACACCCCUCCUUCAUCCCCAUGUCCCAUGUCAUCCCCCUCCAAGGACCCUGCAGCUGGACCUCCUGCGCCCCCUAAACCAGGCAAGCUUAACCUAGCCAACCUUCCAUUGGCACUUCAAGCUAAAGUGAGCCAGGCAAAGCAAUCCAGUGGUGACUUCCCCUCCCCUCCACCUGAGUGCGCCUAUUUUCCUCCUCCUCCCCCUGUUUCUGAGCUUUUUCCUCCUCCCCCACCUCCUGGUGGUGAUGCCCACAGUGGUGCACCUCGGGUGGCUGUGGUAAACCCUCAGCCGCAGGCUCCUCCUCCUCCUCCACCUGUUUCCCUUGUCAGCAACUCCUCCUGGGGAAAGGGCUCACUAAAGAAGACUGGUCCACCCACACUGAUGCGGCAAAACACCACACCUGAACCCCCUCCGCUCUCACCACCACCACAGCUCCCUCCACCUACGUCCCCAAAAGGCAGCUCAGGCCAGCCCAACUUCCUGGAGGAUCUCCACCGGACUCUCAAGCGAAAAUCAGUGGGUCGCCAGGGUUCUCUCAGCAACUCUGGCCUCUCAGGCAAAUUGGACCCUGCAGGGACUAUGGACGACAUGGCACUGCCUCCUCCGCCCCCUGAGCUGCUCCUGGACCAGGGAAAUCACACCAAUGGAGGGAAUGGUGGCUACAUGUCUGGAAACAUCUCAGGCUAUGCAACACUGCGACGAGGACCCCCACCUGCACCGCCGAAACGGGGGGACGGCACCAAACUUACUGGAGAGUGUUGAAACUGGAGAUAGGGACACAAUGAAGGUGGACAAAUGAAAGAAUAUAUGGAAGUGAACAUUCGUUAGCAACUUGGGAGCAACUUCCUUCUGCCCUUUUGGGAUUACAGUGACGAACAGAUAACUGUAUAUACUAAAGCCAAAUCAGACCAUGGCCAGUUAAUGUUUGCAAUAUGUUGCAUCUUUUAAACAUGCUUGGUGUUCUGGAUCAAUGGGCUUUAAAUAAAACUGGAGCAGGUAAGUUUGAUCCCACAGAAAAGCAAAAUCUCCUUCUCUGUGAUGGUCUAAACUCUCUAGAGUGAGCAUGAACCUCAUACAUCCAGUGCUCCAAGCAGAUUUAAAUUAAUUGUGUAAAUAUUACUGGAUCCAGGUCUGAACCAAGCUAUGUAUCCGCUUCUUGCCAUAAGUUUGUGCCACGUACUGGAGAUGAAAAAAAAGGAAACACAUCAGGAUCUUUCUGCUUUGGUACUGCAUGAACAUCAUGUUACAACAAGCUGUAAAACAUGAAGCUGUUCCGGUGUGUGUGCAUGUGUGAGAGAGAUGCUGCGACAUACAUACAUGCAUGCAUGUAUGAUGAUGAUACAGUGGUGAAGUAGUAAACCGUUAGAGAUGGUCUUUGUGGAGAUUGUUAGUUUUACUUUUUUUUUUUUUUCUUCUUUUUUUUUUUAUAAAAUUAUUUAAUGAUUGAUAAAUAAGGAUUUUUUAAUGAUUCUGUCUUUUAAUAGCUGGUCAGCAAAGUCUAGAGAGGAACAAAAACAUUAGGGCACAAUGGAAUGUAUAUGGAAGACAUUAUUAAUUAUAUACAUGAAGGCAAAGAUCCAGGAAAAUAAUAGUCAAAUUUGCUAAAAUCUGAUAGUUUUUCUAUACCGUCUGAUCAUUUUGAAAUCAGGAGGAAGCCUUAUACCCAAAGUUUUGCACAAAGCAGAGAGGAAAUUCUUCCAAAAGACUUGUCCAAGUCUGGACUGUGCAACUGGAAAAAAAAAUUAUUUGUUGUUUUUAUUUAAUGCAAAGCUUGUAAUGGAUGUCUGUUAAUGGAGCGAGGCCUGUUCUGGUGUAUCUUCGUGGACUGUGUGAGUUCCCUGUGUGUUGGCUUGAUCUUGGACCUGAUAUCCUUCAGUUUGUAUCUGUACAGUUGCAGCUGCUACUCCCUUACUGUUGGUCCCCGCCGCCUUUAAAAGUCACAUGGUAUCCAGGAAAUAAAUGUACAGAUUGGACAAGGUGACCCCCCGUUGAUAAGGAUACAUUUGUCUGGUUAAUAUACAGAGCAUUACAUCAUGUAAUCAAUAACAGAACACGUUAGACUGAAUGUUGCUGUUAUGUGUUCUCAUAUCUUGUUUCUUCAUGGUGCCUGCAAUGAAGGGUUUUAGUUUUCAUAAGCGACUGCCUUCGUUUUUUUUGGGUGCUAGCUCAUUGUCGACAUGUCCUCGUGUGUCAGGAUGACAUAUUGAUAAAGUUUCAGAUCAGCCCUGGUGUGGAAAUGUUUGCUGUGAAGGUGGAAUCCAGAGGAGUUCAUAAAAUCAGUCGAUCGCAGAAAAAAGUCUGCUGGAUUUCAUGCUCUUCCUUAGUCUCUGUGGUGUGUUGCCACUUGAAGGCAGUGUACCGUUUUCAUAUAGCUAAAUAUCAUUAUCCUUAACCGGAUGUUUGCUACAGUACAGUAUGUAAGUUAUUGAUGUGCUGUUGUGAACAUGUGGGGCCAAAUGAAAUGAAGAAAAAUGGUUGCAGGUAGAGUUAAUGUGUCCUCUUGCAUAUAAACUGAAAAUCACAAUAUAAAUGUUCAAACCAGA